AUUUAACUUCCGGUGUUGCCCAGUCGGUGUCAUUUCUGCGUGUUAGGUUUGUGAUUCCCAAGUUUUACUGUUAAAUUUACUUUCGUUGUCACAAUCCAUUCGAUAUGACAUCAUACUUUUAAAAUUAAGCAUAUUUUCAAGGCACUGACGGAGAACUGAAACACAAAAAAUCUUGAGUUUAAGGACAAACUGAUUGAGAUAGAAACAUGAUGGAUGUGACCGUGAAAACCCUGGAUGGGCAGAAUAGGAAUUACAGUGUACCGGAGAAUAUUACUGUGAAACAAUUUAAAGAAAAAAUAGCAAAUUCAAUAAACAUAUCUGCAGAGAUUCAGAGGCUGAUAUUCCAGGGACGAGUGAUGCAGGAUGAAAAACACAUGAAGGAUUACGAUGUACAUGGAAAGGUGAUUCAUGUGGUCCAGAGGAUGCCUCCAUCCAGUACACCACGACCUGGAGGGGGUGCCACCAAUGCAGCUACACCACCAACAGGGGGAGCCACUGGUGAACAGAACCUCCACAGUACAUUGAUUGGUUCCUUCAUCAACCUGCCGUCUGAUGUGGCUGACCCUAACCAAGUGCAUAACAUUGUACAGCAAGCUGUCAGUAACAUGGGAGAUAUGGGAAGGAACGCCCGAGUUACAACUAAUGCGUCUGAUGACGGCUCCUCUGUCGAUGUGCAUAUUCAUCUAGGACAGGUCCCAGGGGCCAGACAAAGUGAGUCCCAACUGAGGAUUAACCAGGCGAGACGCAUGCUACAGAUGGCACGAGAAAACCUUGACAAACUGGAUAGGCUUGGAAAUCCCCCUGCUGAGGAAGAGCAGCAGCAGACAGAAAGAGGCCAAGGAUCCAGUGAUUCACCAAUGGAUGUCUCUGAAUCAAACCAACAACAGUCUACACAACAGACCAAUCACACAAAUACUUCAGAGCCUUGUCAAUCACAGACACCAGUGCGAUCAGAAACACCAUCACAACCAGAAGCACCAACACCAUCACAGCCAGAAGCACAAACACCACCAACCACAAGGCCAGAGCCUCCAACUACCUCUGCAUCCAACAACAGCCAAUCAAAUCCAUCCACAGAAAACAGCAGUAGUCAAUCAACCAACGGCAGCUCCUCAGACACACCAAGGAGAGGGCCAGUGCGCCCGAACAUCUCCAUAGUGGCUGAUGUGUUGGAGGAAGUACGAGAGGUAAACAAUCGACUACAACCACAUAUGGACACUUACCAGAGAAUAGUACGAGAGGAUAGACAGCUCCCUGCUGAGGAGACACGAGAGGCUCAGGAGGUGUGUAACAUGGUAGGGGAGAUUCUGCAUGCCAUCAGCCAUUGUUACCACAGUCUGAGUGACCUGAUGGUUGACAUGGGAGAACAGUCACCCCGACAGUUGUACGCAGCCUUUGUUCCAGCAGCUAUACCUGCAGCUGUCAUACAGCAGACCAUACCAAUACACGCACAGAUCAAUGUUGGAGGACCUCAGGCUGCUCAGAGAAAUAUGGCCACCCAGUCCUCUGUGCAAACCUCAUCUGCAGCUACUUCUACAUCACAGGCCUCCAGCCAUGCUGCCUCACAGACACCAUCCACCCAGGCUUCUGGUCAGUCUACAGGAACUGCUACAACCACACCUGCCCCUGGGGCCACACCUGUUGUUGCCCGGGCUAGUACUGACCCUUACGUGUUUCUGGAGGUGGGCCCAGACAAUGCUGUUACUGUUAACAGUAUCACAGCCCAUGUCAUAUCCUCAGAACAGGAAGUCCCGAACACCUCAGGCCCGAGUACAGGUUCCACAAACACAGCUCCGCAGGGUGUUCAUGUUCAUGGCCAUAAUGUGACCCAGGACCUCAUCAACAACAUUGUCAGUUCAGUCAUGCAUGCGCAUACGGGCCCAAGAAUUGGUCCUGUGUUAGGCUUAGAUCCUAACAGUCUACGUUUGAGAAGACGCUCAUUUCCCUCAUCAUCUGCCACUACAGCUCAAACUGGUAGCCAAACAACCUCACAGAGUUCAAACUCCUCUGGGACACAGACCAGCAGCGCUACUUCUGGGCCAUCAAACACUUCAGGCACCCAGACAUCAAAUGCACCCACAAACACCUCCGGGACACAGACUGGUAUGCGUGCACCACAUACAGCAGCUUUCGUAGUACCUGGUAUGCCUGGGAUGAUGCAGAGAAUUCCCACUGCUGGACCAGCCUCCGUGGACCCUUUCCUGCCCUGUUCAUCUCGUCACUUCCUCCGUCACCAGGCUAGGAAUAACAACAACACACCUGAGGCUCAAGGAGUUAAUACAGGUGGUAUCAUUGGAGAGUUCCUCAAUAACCUGGCUGGUGAGGUGAACCCACACCUUCAUGGAGUGCCACAUCCCAACACAGGGAGGACAGCCACCUCAACUUCUGCUUCUGGAGCAGCCACUAAUCAGACGGCCACUUCCUCCUCGUCCUCUUCCUCCUCCAGUACCACCAGUACCUCUAGCACUGGGACAGGCUCCAUGCCCUUCAACCCCUUCGCGGGAUUGUUUGGUGCCUUAGGGGGUGCUCCUCCACCAGGGAUUAACAUACGGAUGCCAGCAGGAAUGGCUGGAAUGACAGGUAUGCCAGGAAUGCAAGGAAUGCCACCUGGUAUGCCUUUCUUACCUGGCCUGGCAUCAAUGUUUGGUCAGGCAGGUCCUCGUCCAGCAGCAGGAGGAAACCAAAACACAACAAGUAGCUCCACUACAUCUGCCUCCUCAACAGGAUCUGGCCAGACAACUUCUGCUCCAACAACAGGAUCUGAGCCUGCAUUUGUUCAGCAGCUCAGGAACCUUCUACAAACAGGAAUGGGUUCAAUGCCCCAACCAGCUCCUGGUACAUCAAGCACAGGAGCGACCCCUACUCCUCCAGCCCCUCCUGCCCCAACCACCCAGGGUACAAGCCAAGGGACAAGCCAAGGGACAGGCACAGGAGCAACCCCAGGGACAGAAACUAGCCCCAACAGUAGCACAGGUCAGCCUGUGAUGACAGAUGAGGCAUUCACACAGCUGGUACAGGGUAUUGGGUCUAUGAUCACCCAAACUGCAGUCGGACAACCCCCUUCACAAACACUUUCUGAAUUUCUAGGCUCCCUAGGGGACGGUUACAAUAUGGCACAAGGAGAAGGUUUCUUCAAUGAUGUUUACUCCUGUCUUUCCUCACAUUUGACCUUUCCUGACCUUAUACAAGUUUUCUACGGCAACAGAGCUCCUCUACAAAAUGUGCGAGUGCCACUACAGGAAUUUUUACGAGAGCGUGUGUUGGAAGGCAGAGAACCAACAAUGGAGAACAUAACCGAAGCCUCCAGCCGACUGGUGGAGGAGAUGUCAGAGGAGAUUGAAGCAUGUGCAAAUGUGGCUGAGGUCAAGCCUGACAUAGAUCUGGUGGAGACUCUCAAUAAUUUCUUUAGACAGCAAUUUACAGCAACAGUCCGCAUGAUCAUGUUAGCCGAUGAGUCCAACACAAAUUUUGGUAACCAAUUUUAUGAGAGAAUGAGGAUGAGUUUGGCAGAGCUUAUUGUUCUCACAAGAUCCUGUUUAGUGGAAGGCCAGACAGCUUUACAGAGAAUUAUACAGAGCCGACUGAGUGCUAUUACCCGGGGCGUGAACCCGAUGAUCCAACAAUGGAUGUGCAAUGUCAUUACUCAACAACUCAACCAGUUCCUCCCUACAAUCACCAUCACUGAUGCCAACGUCCACUCCUACAUUGUAAAAAAGAACACCAAAAAACAGGCCUCAAACACAGCAAAGAAAGAUGAAGCUGCCACAGCUAUGGAGACAAGUCCACCUUUGGUCUCACCAGGUGCCUCACAAGUAGAUUCUCCUGAACCAAUGGAGACCCAGAACAUCAAUACAGGAGCUUCAGUUGCACAGCCACCUCGCCCACAGCCUGCUACAGCAGCUGCCACAAAAGUCCCUGCUACCAAGAUCAAAACAGAGGCACCAAAGGCAGACUCUCCCGGAGCAGCAGCUGGUGGGGAGUCGUGGGAGCUGGAAGUUAACCCCGACUGGGUACCGAUCAUCAACAGUGACAUAGAAAAACAGAAACAUCAGCGACCCCAGCCAGCCUUCAGUGAUACCUACCUACAGGGCAUGCCCGCUAAACGCAGGAAGAUAAUGGGACAUGAAGGCCAAGUGAAUUUCUCUAAUGCUGAGGAGUCUGUUCCGUUGUCGUUACGUCGCGCUGUGGCAGCAGCAGGAGUGCAGCCAAUCAGCAGUAUGGAGAAUAUGACCAGUGAGGCUUCAGACAAUCAUGAACUGCAGCAUGCUUUUGAUGAGCAAGUUUUGAGCAGUAUAAGAGAUCGUUUAAACAGUGAUAGUGAUUAUAGGCCAGAACAGUUCCCAAACACAGAUCGCUACUAUCACAAAAAUAACAAGAAAUGACUCUAGGUUGUGCUUUAUAGCCAUCUGAUCAUAUAAAAUUUUAUCAUAAAGGAUACAAAUGUAAACCAUUGUACAUACAUACCAGCUUUGUAUCAUUAAGGUUGCUGUAAACUUGACCUUGCAAGAAAAUGUUGUCACACUGCGGUGUUGAUGAAAUCACAAAGGGUGGUAACCUUAAUGAAAAGACAAGGUAUUUGUAAGAAUACUUUGACACUGUGAUGUUAAAACCACAGUGAGCUCUGUAAUAGCUGUUAAUGGUGUAGUGCAAAGACUGCUAACUGGUAUUUAUAUAAUUAAUUUUACUAUUUUCUUUGCCAUACAAACGAUUUUACACUUAAGUGAUAUAACCUGUCACUCUAAAUACUUAUAAGGUGACCAGUGGCAAGUUUAAAACUUUUACUCGGACUAGUGACAUCAUUUCUCAGUCUAAACACUUUUGCUUUUAUCAGUGACAUCACCUGUCACCCUAAAAAUUUUAACUCUGAUAGUUGAUGUUACUUGUCGGUCAGACAGUUAGUUAGCUGACAAUCACGGCCAGCUCUGACCAGAUUGUUGGCUGACAAUUAUGGCCAGCUCUGACCAGAUUGUUGGCUGACAAUUACGGCCAGCUCUGACCAGAUUGUUGGCUGACAAUUACGGCCAGCUCUGACCAGAUUGUUGGCUGACAAUUACGGCCAGCUCUGACCAGAUUGUUGGCCAACGAUCUAAGCCAGCCUUGACCUGAUUGUUGGCCGACGCCUUGACCUGAUUGUUGGCCGACGAUCUAAGCCAGCCCUGACCUGUUGUAUUGGUUACAGCCAGUUUUGUUAUUGGUUAAAGGAGUGACAACUUUACCAACUUAACUUUUUUAAAACUGGUGGCUAAAUAUAGUGAGUAAUAUGUGGUUUGUGUGGGAGGGGGCAAUGAAAUGUUUUAAACGUGAGACGAUGAAAAGAAGACGAAUCUUACUUAAUGGGAACAGGUUGCUCCUUUUAGUAUACAGGGGAGUACAAGGCUCUCAAAGGUGAGAGGAGGGUGGGCAUGACAAUUGUUGUUUUUGUGAGUCUACUCCAAUACAUUAUGCAAAUGUUGAAGUGGCAAUAACAGCAUUUCCCAAGUAGGUUCGCCUUCGAUCUGUUUUGUGAUAAUACAUCCCCAUUAUUAUUAUUAAACAUAUGUAAUCUAUAGUUUUAAGAUAUCUCAAAAAGUGAUUUUUUUAUCACAAAAUCCAAAUAUUAACCCUGUUUGGUAUUGUUAUUCUUUAUUCGUGACCAAUACACCUAAUAAAAUAUUGUUCUGUAGGCACUGGCUACAAAGUAUUAUAAGUGGAGAAAAUAGAUGUUGCUCUUUAUGAAAUGGCUGGUUCUGUAUUUAAAAAUCCAUAGAUGAUUUCAUGUUGAAUAAAAUUGAUAUUAAAACUUUUAA